CUUCCCAACAGAAAAAGAGCUAGUGCAAGCCAAGAUGGGAAUCACAGUCAAGAAGGAGGCUCAAAACGUGGCAAAAAUAUCUCGGUAAGUCGACCGUGACACAGAGGUAUAACUUAUUGAGACUCUGCAUCAAAGGUAAUAUACAGUGCACGCCAAAGAAAGAUGUUUGCCCCUGUCUUGGAAAAGAUUACAGUGAAUGAUUUUCAUUUUUUUUUCCUCGAACAGGUCAGUGGGUUGGGCAGCCUAUAUGGGAAAAUAUCAACAUUUCCGAAGAAACAAAAUGCAUUUGCGAGAUGGCUGGAAGGCGAGCGCUUUUUUGAAGUCGCUAGAACCGCCAGAUUCGCGGAGGCAACAGCACAAGUCUAUGUGAUUGACAUGAUUUCCAGAGGCACAGACAAAAAUGGCUUGUUGGAAAGAUUGAUAAGAGAGCUGGAGAUUGAAGACGAAUCCCUAGAAAAAGUAUACGACCUCCUGUGUAGGAGCGGUUUAACACUGAGGGAAAUAAGGGAUACCACCCUGCAAAGUUAUAAUCAAAUUUGGGCAAUCAUUGCUCUUUUUAUCAACGGAUAUGAACUUUAA